AUGACUUCUGAUGAUGACCUUGACCUUGAUGUUGCUACUAAUUCCUUUGCCACCUCAGCACCCCAGUCCGAUGAAGGCUCAGACAUUGACUCUGAACCCGAUUUGCCGCUAAAGAGGAAACAGCGCAGGAGCCGAACCACCUUCACAGCAGAACAGCUGGAAGAAUUGGAGCGUGCCUUUGAGAGAACCCACUACCCUGAUAUUUACACCCGGGAGGAGCUGGCACAGAGGGCAAAGCUCACCGAGGCCCGCGUGCAGGUCUGGUUUAGCAACCGCCGUGCAAGAUGGAGGAAGCAAGCUGGGGCCAAUCAACUGAUGGCUUUCAACCAUCUCAUUCCGGGGGGAUUCCCUCCCACCGCCAUGCCCACCUUGCCAACAUACCAGCUGUCGGAGACCUCGUACCAGCCCACUGCUAUUCCACAAGCCGUGUCAGACCCCAGCAGCACUGUGCACAGACCUCAGCCGCUCCCCCCGAGCACCGUACACCAAAGCACUCUUCCUUCGAACCCGGACAGCAGCUCUGCCUACUGUCUCCCCAGCACCAGGCAUGGAUUUUCCAGCUACACAGACAGCUUUGUGCCUCCGUCCGGACCCUCCAACCCCAUGAACCCCGCCAUUGGCAAUGGCCUUUCACCUCAGGUAAUGGGACUCCUGACCAACCACGGCGGGGUACCCCAUCAGCCCCAGACUGAUUAUGCUCUCUCUCCUCUCACUGGGGGCCUGGAACCUACCACCACGGUGUCGGCCAGCUGCAGUCAGAGACUAGACCAUAUGAAGAGCUUGGACAGUCUGCCAACAUCUCAGUCCUAUUGUCCACCCACCUACAGCACCACGGGCUACAGUAUGGACCCUGUCACAGGCUACCAAUAUGGGCAGUAUGGACAAAGUGCCUUUCAUUAUCUCAAGCCAGAUAUCGCAUAAGUGGACUGUCCACUUGGAGUAAAACUGGCCCUGUUUCCAGUCUCCACAGCCGAGACAUGAAGAAUCUCAGAAAAAAAAAAUCACCCUCUCGGGGGGCAGUCUUGACAGGAGACAGAGGAGAAUGAUUUAUUUUCUUUCUCCAGUAGUUGGUUUCAAAUUCUUUUGAACAUGCUGGACAAAAGCCGUGGAGAAAAGGAAGACGCAGAUCAGUAAAGACAAAUGCAACAUUUUAAGGCAAUGAUUUAACAUGGCUACAUAUCAAAUAUCCCAACAUUUAGUGCUGAUCAUCAAGGAGCUAAAACAUUCCAUUUGUGUGUGCGUGCACAUGUAUGUAUGUGUGUGUGCACGUGUGUGUGUGUAUGUGUGUGGGUGUGUGAGAGAGAUCUAUCUGAAUUGGUUCAGGCAAGCAGAAUGUUCUAAAAUAUAGUCAGAAAAUUCUCUAAAGUAUAACCUUGAUAUCCAAUGCUGACACUUCUACAACUUUUAAGCUGCUCCCUUAAUGAAGCAGGCAUGGAGGAAUCCUUGACUUUUACACACUGGAAAUUGAUAUACAAAUAAAUGCCACCAUUUUUAGGAAGAUAGACUAGCUAUAAAGGACCUCCCAAAUAAAUUAUUUGUUCUCUUAUCCUCACUUGUACUUCAGUUGUUACUAAAUGUCCCAGAAGAACACGUCUUGCUAAUAGGACCUGGGAUAAGGGGAGGAAAAGCCGGUUUUCUUUCCCAGCGUGGGAGAGGUGUGUGUGGUUUUCGCAAUUCAGUUUCACGUGGAAGCCACCUGGGCGGGGAGGGGGUGGAGAGUUGAGUGCAUUCCCACAGCUGCUUAUCAGUGUGCAAUACUGUGUACCUCACGGAAGCCUUGGCAAUGCCAGGGUCAUAGAUACAGAAUCAGAACUAUAUUUUUGCAGGUGCUUUAUUUUCACAGCCUGUGAUUCCCUGUGGUCAAAUGCAGAGAUAUUCGCCACUUGCUGGACAACCGACACCCGGCUCUCGCUCCUUUUGACUAGAGACCAUAUUGGAGAACAAUGCUUUUAAAAUGACUACGUUUACAUUCGUCUCUUUUCUAGGAAAGGCAGGGCAAGAGCAGAUAUGUCCACAUGGCUCUCCUGUACUUUUAAAUUAUACAAUGAUAUCCAAUAUGAAAAGAUUCUAGAAACUGAGGUUUACAUAUGUUAUUGUGGUGACAUUGUAGAAUGUCAAUAAAUUUGUUUUUGGAGAUGUUAAAACAAACAGGCAGGGGGAAGGCAGUGUUAUUUAUUUCUUUCUAUGCUUGGAAUCACGAACGAGGUAGGCACAAAUACAUUCCCUUUAGCGUUAAGAACUAUGACAUAGUGAGUUAGUGAGACUAGACAUAGUCCCGAGUUUAGUUCAUACAUUGGUCUUAGUGGGUGAUGGAUGAAGAGAAGAUCUAUCUUUGUGUUGCAGCCUCAACCAACAACAAUGUGUUGUAAAAAUGUCUUUCAUGUAAAAAGUGCAGUAAAUAUUUACUAUUUAUAAUGAAUAAACAGUUAUGAAAACUUG